UUCAUUUAUGCGUUCUACUCUUGCCCGAUGUCACAGAUUGUUGCCCAUGUUUAAGGAAGGUCGCUCUUCACUUUGUUGCUGUCAAGUCAAAAGGCAGUCGUGGGCAGCGAGUGAGGCAACUGUUUAAUGAAUAAUCCUCGUGUUUACCUUGGAGUUUCAUUUACACAGGAGGUUGUGAUCGGACCCCUGCACAAGGAUACGUGUAGAAUGUUUGUGGGAACGGUUCGCCUGUAAAAUAUCCACAUCCACAAUCUCUCUAAUCAAGAGUAGGAUUUACAAUCACGGAAACUCGGCAAUCAGCAGCUACCGCCGCCGGUGUGUGAGGUUCGGGUGAAGUAGUGGUGACGGCCUGACGUGAACAUGCUGGGGCACGGACAGUUCACGCCGGCAGAAGGCUUCUGCCUCUCAGACUCGUCCUUCUUUGAUGUGAUGUCCGACCAGCCCAGCCUGGCCCUGCAAGAUCCAGAUGUUCCAGCCUACACCCAGUACCCCAACACACCUCUGCCGUCGAUGCAGCUGUGCGGAGCCGUCCCUCCGUAUUACUCCAACGGCGGCUACCACGGGCAGUACUCCGAGGACUGGUACUGCCCACCCGUGUACGACGCGAAGACCUUGCCUUGCGACAGGACUUUCCCCAAAGAUACGGAACAGUGCGAGGUCCCCCUGGCCAAGAAGUCGCGGCUGGGCUUGACCGCGGGGAAGAUGAAAGGCGAUGAGCUGUGUGUGGUGUGCGGCGACAAGGCCUCGGGGUACCACUACAACGCACUCACCUGCGAGGGGUGCAAAGGGUUCUUCCGACGCAGUGUGAUGAAGAACGCGGCGUACAAGUGCAAGAACGGAGGCAACUGCGAGAUGGAUAUGUACAUGAGGAGGAAGUGCCAGGAGUGUCGCCUCCGCAAGUGCAAGGAAGUGGGCAUGUUGGCCGAGUGUUUGCUGACGGAGAUCCAGUGCAAGUCCAAGCGACUGAGGAAGUGUCCGUCGCUUCCCCCUGAACCACUGGGCAAGGAGGUCGCCGAUGGGCCGGACUCCAAGCAAGUGACGUCCACCACCAGGAACAGCAAAAAAAUUGAAUUCACCGCAAAUCAACAGGACCUCCUGAGACACAUCCUCGAAGCCUUCUCCAUGUAUCGUGUACCCCAAGAGGUGACCAAGAGACUGCUGCAGCAGCGAUGCAGUCCUGAGGAAAACUUCCUGCUGCUAACGGAGACGGCCACCAGUCACGUUCAGCUGCUGGUGGAGUUCACCAAGAAACUGCCCGGCUUCCAAAUGUUGGACCAUGAGGAUCAGAUCGCGUUGCUGAAGGGUUCCGCAGUCGAGGCCAUGUUCCUCCGCUCCGCACAGAUAUUCAGCCGGAAGACCCCGUGCCAGCAGAGGGAGCUGUUGGAGGAUCGAAUACGGCACAGUGGCAUCGCUGAGGAAUACAUCACCCCCAUGUUUAACUUCUACCGCAGUAUCAGCGAGCUGCAGAUGUCCCAGGAGGAAUACAGUCUGCUCACCGCCAUCACUAUCCUCUCACCAGAUCGCCUGUACGUGAAGGACCGGGACGCGAUCGACCGGCUCCAGGAGCCGCUGCUCGACGUCCUGCAGAAGUACUGCAAAUUCAAGCACCCGCUGGAGCCGCAGCACUUCGCGCGGCUGCUCGGUCGACUCACCGAGCUGCGCACCUUCAACCACCACCACGCCGACAUGCUCAUGUCGUGGCGGGGCCGCGACCACAAGUUCACCCCGCUGCUCUGCGAGAUCUGGGACGUGCAGUGAACCCAGCCGCGGCCAAGUCACUGGCGACCGAGGGGUGGGGGGACCUGUCCCCAUCUCCAAACCCCCUCCCACCCCAGCGACCAUCCAUCCAGUGCCAGCGAGGAUGGGACUCCAGCUCUACCUCCACCUACCAAAUAUGGGCCGCCCGCAUGUUCAAUACCUCCCGGCCCCUUGUCUAACCCAGCCACAGGAGUCAAUUACAAUUAUGAACAGCGCGGCACAGUGUCGUAGCAGCUAGAGCUAAAUUAAGAUAUAAACUAAACUAAAGUAAAAUUAAAAUGUUUAGCCCUAUAAGGCCGGCACAGUGACGGUAGAGUUGCUGCCUCACAGCGCCAGGUACCCGGGUUCGAUCCUGACCUCACUACUGUCUAUGCGUGGAUUUUGUUCGUUCUCCCUGUGACCGCGUGUGUUUUCUCCGGGUGCCUCGGUCUCCUCCCACAUCCCAAAGACGUGCGG